GACCGUUGAAGUCAAGGAACAAGGCAGUUGCACUUUAACUUAUUUUUAGCCUGCGAUUAUGCCCAUUCACAGAGAAAUAUCCGGUCACCUAGUUUAUUAUUCCAUGAUAUAGGCAUUAGGCUAGUACAUGUACGUGCUUGCACAAGUUGAAAAUGUCUGUUCGUUUCUCAAAAGAAGAUGCGACACAUAAGCGGCUACUUGCAGAGUAUCUGCGGUUAUUGCGAACCUAUCCAAUUAUCACAAAAUCUCUUACAAGUGGAGCUAUUUCGUCAAUCAGCAACAUCGUUGCGCAGAAGCUGACAGGAGGUUGGAAGAGGCCCAUAGAUUGGAGAAACAUUGGAGCCUUUGCUGCCACUGGCGUAUUUUACACUGGACCCGUCAUGCACAACUUCUAUCGAUGGCUGGAGGCUAUUGUACCAGGCAAAGACAAAACCUCUCAAAUCUUAAAGGUCAUCUUUGACAGACUGUUCAUCGCUCCUCCUUUCCUGCUGGGAUAUCUCUACCUCAUCAGGAGGUUUGAGGGCAAAACUCACAAGGUGGCCGUGGAGUUCCUCAAGCAGGCCUACUGGACAGUUCUCAAGCUGAACUGGAAAGUCUGGACCAUCAUCCAGUACAUCAACAUCAACUUUGUCCCACUUCAGUACCGAGUGAUCUUUGCCAGUGCUGUUGCCUUCAUCUGGACACUCUACAUAGCUGUAAUAAGCGGGAGGUAAAUUGACCCCCACAGAGAAAUCAUUCAGCUGCAUCAGGGAAAGGCCAUCGUUUUGAGUUGUCCGAGGCAUUCCUGUGAGACAGUAUGAAGCAUUUAUCAAGCGAUUUCUACAUGUGCCUGUAUCAGAAACUUUGCAAUUUGCCAAUGAGAACGAUUGUUUGCCAUAAUUCCGAGUGUGAUUUGGGCCGAUCGUGAAGAAAACUGAAGAGUUGUUAGCAGUGACAAUUGGGAUUGCAGUUAGUGCCAUCACAUUGCAUAUUGGGGAUACAUUACUAUAACAAUGUCAUAAACCUACUGGUGAUUGUAAAUGGUGCAUAUUUUUAAAAAGCAGAUAGGGCUUUACAUGGGCACCGGAGCUAGCAAAUUACAGUUUCUGCUAUGUGUCUUCACCUAAAUUUUGCUCCCAAAGUGGAUCAGUUGAGUGUACUGACUUGCUUGACCUCCCCGAUAUACAUUUGACGUUUCUUUACAUGACAAAACUUUUGUAUGAUCUUCUACCCUAUUUACCAUUUUAUCAUUUUAUUGGUUUUGGAGCACCACUGCCUUCUAUUGUACCAAAAAUAUGAGAUUUCUAUUUUCAGUCAGCCUACAUUCCAUGUCUAUAUGUGCGAGUACUACAAACAAUUCACUUUUUAAAUCAAUUGCCCUUCUCAAGUUUGAAAACAGCCGCACAAAUAUCUCCACUGACCCGUCCGAACUGCAAUGAUUCAAAUUUAAAUAUUUGCCACCAAACCUGUUGCUCUCGAGAUUUAGAAACUUAGUAAAAAGGUGAAAACUCGCAUGAAUUUUCUACCUUUUUAGUUUUUGUUUUAUUAGAGGAACUCCCUGUGGGCUUGGCAACAAAAGUUCAUUUUGUAAAGGUGAAUCCUGGAUUUCAUGCAUUCUUAAAUGAUGCUUACUCGUUAAUACCAUUAAUAAUUCUAGAAAACAGAUUUGUGAGUUAACCUAUUCACUUCCAGAAUAACGAGGUGGCAUUUUUCAAGAUUUGUAUUCUCUAUAUGCUUUUGAUUUCCACAUAUUGUAUCAAAAAACAUCCAGUGUUUUCUAUGAAAAUGUAAUAGAAAAUGUAUUUUUUGGUAAAUGUAAACGAAGUGUAUAUUGCUGAAUCGCAACAAAUAUAUUCAAUCAGUAUGACGAAGCACUUUUCCCUA